AUGACGGUGGUGAGCUUGAGACGGAGCAACGAUAAUGUGGUGGCGACGGGCAGAGGAGGUGAAGGCAGCAGUAGGGAAAGGCUGAUCGCAGUUGCCAUUGACAAGGACAAGCCCAGCAGAUAUGCUCUCAAAUGGGCCAUCGAGAACGUCAUCUCCUUGCGAAACCAGACCCUCAAGCUCGUUCACGUCAAGAGCCGGCCUUCGACAUCCUCUCCAUUUCCAGCCUGUUCGGAAGAGACGCAACCCGACGCUCAAACAGCGGAGCUCUUCCUUCGCUUCCGCUGCUACUGCUUGCAGAGACAUGUAAAAUGUGACCUAGUUGUACUUGAGAAUUCAGAUGUAGCAAAAGCUUUAGUUGAAUAUGUCUCCAGAUAUGCGGUCGACACUUUGUUAAUUGGAACGGCUUCACGAAGGAGUUUUUCCAGAUUGUUCAAGUUUGUAGAUACACCAAACACCAUCUUGAAGUACGCGCCGGAUUAUUGCAAUAUAUACGUAGUAGGCAAAGGAAAAGCCGUAUCCGUGCGGCCCGCCACUUGUCCUCGCCCAAACUUGUUGACAAUUGAGAAGACGGCACAAGUCGAUACGCUUAACCAUGUGAGCUUAUGCCUGUUGAUUGAUAUUCUAACAAUCAUGAACUCUGGACACCCGAGCAGCCGGCCAUACGAUGAGCUCUCUACUUGCGAGAAUGAUUUCUCCCGGGCAAACUCCGGGAGACUGAGCACCAACAGCAGUUUCCUUUCCUUCUAUGAAGAUCUGGGGUUGGGACGGAUGAGCAGUUCUUCGGCGUGCUUACGUUUUGAAGAUGACGAAACCUCCACGAGGCUGAGCACGUUCAGUUUCGCUUCGGCGCUCGAGCCACCGACGAGAGAUGGUGAACAGUCGAUGCCGUGGUCAUUGCAUUUUGCUGAAGCAGUGGAAGAAGAGAUGUUAAGGACAAAACUGGAGCUCAAGAGGACAAUAGACCUGUACCAUGCAGCCUGCAAGGAAGCAAUCGGAGCAAAGCAGACGGUGAGGGAUUGCCAUAAAUACCAGAACGAAUUGGAGAAGAAGUUGCUGAAAGCACGUUCGUUGGAGCAAGCCGCAUGGGCUGUGAUGGAGAAGGAGAGAGAGAAAAGCAAGGCGGCGGAGAAGGCUCGGCGAAUGGCUGACGAGGAGGCACGGAAGAGAUGGGACGCCGAGAAGAAGGCACAAAAGGAAGUCGAGUUUCAGAGCUUGGUCCACAUAAUGGAGGACAUGAAUGUUGUUGAACCAACGUUGGGUUCAGACGGUCUUCAUAAGACAAAGAUUAAGCAAAAGAGGGCGCUGGUUAGGGCUGGUCUGGGUCUUCCAAUUGAUGAUGAGCAACAUCCAAGAAAACUGGAUUUUCACUAUAAGAAAUGGUAG